AUUUUUUUUUAACGAAAAAGUGAUAUCAAUUUGUAAUGCACUAUCCACAAAUAUGUUUUAUAUCUUUUAGACUUAAUUUAUAUUAAAACUCCUUUUACAUCCUUUGGGCAAAGAUACUGGACAAUACAAUGUUUGGAAAACUAUACCAAGAAACCUAAUAAAUUAAACCUAGACCCUUUUAAUGAAAUACCAUCGAACGAAAGCUGGUGGGAAAUGUGUCAAAAAUAUAAAAAUUUCCAGUUGCUGAAAAAAUUACGAUGGGCUACAUUAGGAUACCACCACAAUUGGGAUACUAAGGUUUAUACUGAAGAUUUUCGAAACGAAUUUCCAUCGGAUUUAGGACUACUCAGUAAAAUUGUAGCCAAAGCAAUUGGAUAUGAUUAUUUCGAACCUCAAGCUGCAAUUGUCAAUUUUUAUCACUUGGAUUCAACAUUAUCUGGUCAUACAGAUCAUUCCGAAAUCAAUUUAGAAGCUCCCUUAAUAUCGUUUAGUUUUGGUCAAUCAGCGAUAUUUCUCUUAGGAGGGAAAACUCUAGAAGAAAAACCAACCCCUCUACUUAUUCAUAGUGGUGACAUUAUAAUAAUGACAAAGGAAGCAAGAUUAUGCUAUCACGGUAUUCCAAGGAUUUUAAAGACUGACAACACUCCUUGGAACACUAACAAUUUUUCCGAAGAGAAAUUAGCAAAUUGUGGAAUUUUUUCCGAUCAUGCGAUUUUCAAGAGUCAGAAUGAAGAAUUGUGGAAACCGUUUGGACAGUAUUUAAAUAAUUCAAGAAUUAAUAUGAAUGUCAGACAAGUCCUUCCUAGUGGGCAGAGU